AUGUCUAUUUCCCUUUUACCCGUCAUCCUGGUCACCACCUCGUCCUUGAUGGUAGAUCUGCAAGUGGACAACGUCAGCUACGCUCAGAUAACUCAGCUUGUGAACGAUCAGACCUCGAACAGCAGUCUUUCAUUGACAGGCAUCAAAAUCAUACAAGGGAUAGUGUUUGGUUACGAGCCGGAAGGUAAUUCCACCACUUACACUCCCACCCCAUCCCAAGGUAUCAUCAAAAAUGUCUCAAACGCGAAUGUGACUGUCUUUACUUUCGUCCUUGACACCGCCCAAACCAAAAUAAAGGGCACCAUUCUGCUCAAAAAUGCGGACGAAUUGAUCAAUUUCACCCGCGGCGAGGAACAACAACUCGCAAAGAUUUUCAAAGAAAUCACCUAUUCAGGUAUAGAAGUCAUCAUCGCAGGCCCGUCCAUCGGCGACCUCGCUCUACACUCCCUCAAUAGCUUCGACACUGCCGUUCUCAAACAAAGUUCGACCCCCGCUGCGCAAUUAAAUUUGAGCAUGUCGGCCAGAACCAAUUCCACAGGGUGGGGAGAGUUGUACGCUUAUAUUGAGUUUCUUUCCAACGGUUUCAAUAUUACGACCUCGAAACAGCCUACUCCUCACCUCCAGUAUUACGAAUAUGCAGUCUCUCCUGACUGGCUUAUCGAUCUUGUGGAGCAACAAUGGCCAGAAGUGUUACCCGAUCGAAGCGCGAGAUGCUAUGAGGACACUGCCAUGAUGCGAUCAUUCGAGCUCAUUUCGGAUUUGGCGGGUAUCCACACCUUGGGCCGCAAAAAUUGCUUCAAUCCACAGGGUGGUUCAGUGCCUCCGGAGUAG